AUGAGUAAUAAUAAUAACAACUACAAUAACAAACCUGUAUCUCACAAUAAUAACAAUAACAACAAUGAUCUAAACGACUUUGAAUUUGAUUUCACCGAUAACAAUGAUAAUAAUGUAAUCGAUUUAACUUCAACGACGAGUACUACUUCGACAACAAGUACAACAUCAAAUUAUAAUAAUAACAGAACAACAAGAACAAACUUUAAUUAUAUUAAUAACAAUAACAAUAAUAAUAAUAAACCAAAUAAUAAUAAUCAGAAUUUCUCUGGGGAUGCAUUAGACAAUCUAACAAGAUUGGGUGUUCAUUCGUAUAGUUCAUCGUCGGUUGAAAAGAAGGUUAUCAAACAGAUUGAUAGAGCAAUUACAACAAAUGAAAUUAAAAAGUAUAAUGAUCAACUUGACAAGAUUAGAACAGAGAUUGAUUCAAUCACCUCGUUUCUAGAAGCUUGUGAUGAUGGAGCACAAGAUCAAUCCAACAACAAAAACAAUAUAUUUGCUUCAAACAAGGACCUAUCACUUGAUGAAGUAGCUAAAAGUUUUCAAGUUUUAAAACAGAUAAAGCAAAAAAAAAUCAAUGAAUUAUUAAGAGAAGAGAAGGUGAUCUUAGGAUUAAAGAAUAAAUUGGUAGAGGAAGAGAAAAAGAAAAAGGUACAAAAACAAUACCAACCAAAGAAACAAAUUGAUUUAAAUACUCCAAGUACAUUUGAUCAAGCUUUGUUUGGUAAUGUUAAAGUAAAAGAAACAGAAAGAGAAAAAUUGGUUAGACUUGGUAAAAUUACUCCUUUUGCUGCUUCUUCGACCCCUGCUUCUUCAAAACAAACAAAAAUAAUUCCAAUUAUAUCAAAUAAUGAAAAUAGUAAUCGAAAUAAUGGUAGUAGUGUGGCUAUUAGAGCAGGUUCUUCGGGUAGAUUCAGUUCUGGACCUGAAAAAGUAUUAAAACCUGGAUCGACAAAGAAACAACAGGAAAGACAUGAAAAGAGACAGAAUUGGAUGAAAAAUGCAAACAAGGGCAUUUCAAAACGUCAAUCAAACAAGGAAUUUUAUAAAGAUAUUCAUGAUCUAGAUGAUGUAUUAGAAAAUGAAAAGAAACAAAAAAAACAACAAACUAGUACUACCAGUACUACGACUACUUCAACGACUACGACUACUAAAACAACAAAAACAACGAAAAAGAAAAAGAAAACGACUAAAUCAAUACCAUCACCUCCUUUAGAAUCACCUCCACCUACAUAUGCAUUAAAAAGAUUAAGAAGAGAAACAACUAUUACUAGACCAUUAAUUAUUGAUCAAGAUGAUGAAGAGGAAGAGGAAGAAAUGAUAGAGAUUUCAUCUGAUGAAGAGGAAAAUUCAGAUCAAGAUUAUAUUCCUUCUGGUGAAGAGGAAGAAGAAGAAGAAGAUUUCGAUAAUCAAGAUGAAAUUGUACAAAUAGAUGAUGAGGAAGAUGAUAAAGAUGAUUAUGAUGGAAAAAAAAGAAAAAGAUUAAAUGUAGAGGAAAUUUGGAAAGAUGACAAGAAUGAAUCAACCUAUUUGGAUCGACUUUAUGAAUGGAAGUGUGAAAGAGUUCGUCUGUUACGUCUCAAAGAACAACAAUUGGAAAAUAGAUUAAAGACAAUCCAACCAAUCGAAUCUAUAACAUCUCCAAGUACACUCGAAGAAAAUAUUUUGGAUGGUGAAGAUGAAGAUUCAAUUGUAAAUAUGUUGUCUCAAGAUAAUAAUAAUAAUGAAAAGAGAGACGAUAAUAAUGAUGAAGAGAUGGAUGAAAAGAUAUUGGAUAAAGAAAUGGAACAAGAAGAAGAAGAGAUUGGAGAAGACUAUGAAAUCGAUGAAAACUUCAAGAUACCAUUUGAAUUGUAUAAAAAGUUAUUCGAGUAUCAAGUGACUUGUGUCAAAUGGUUGUGGGAAUUGCAUGGACAAGAGACUGGUGGUAUUAUUGGUGACGAGAUGGGUUUAGGCAAGACUAUACAGAUUAUCGCCUUUUUAGCGUCGUUGCAUUACAGCAAAAAGCUUGCUGGACCUUCGAUUAUUGUCGCACCAGCAACACUAUUGUCGAAUUGGGUCAAGGAGAUACAUACGUGGUGGCCACCUUUUCGUGUAGUCUUGUUCCAUUCUUCGGGAUCGUCUGAUAAACAGGAACAAGCUAAACUACUGAAACGAGUGGCUGAAAAGGGACAUAUUAUUCUCACAACCUACGAGAGUGUGCGUAUCAACCAAGACUUGUUACUCAAACACCACUGGGAGUACAUUAUCUUGGAUGAAGGACACAAGAUUCGUAAUCCAGAUGCUGAUGUAACUUUGGCGGUGAAACAGUUUCCCUCAUCACAUCGUAUCAUCUUGUCGGGCAGUCCGAUACAAAACAAGUUGACAGAGUUGUGGUCAUUGUUUGACUUUGUGUUUCCUGGCAAGUUGGGAACACUUCCCAUCUUUCAGGCACAGUUCUCGGUUCCGAUCAGCUUGGGAGGGUACUCUAAUGCGUCAUCGUUGCAGGUGCAGAUUGCCUAUAAAUGCGCAGUGGCGUUGCGUGACCUCAUCUCUCCAUACAUGAUCCGUCGUGCAAAACAGGAUGUCUUGCAGAGUCUACCAUCCAAAAACGAGCAGGUUCUGCUUUGUCCAAUGACAGAGUUGCAAGAAAAGUUAGUCAUCUUGUUUGAUCCAGAUUGGAAUCCAUCAACUGAUACGCAGGCUAGAGAGCGUGUCUACCGUAUCGGACAAAAGAAGAAUGUUACCAUCUACCGUCUAAUGACAACCGGUACCAUUGAAGAAAAGAUCUAUCAUCGUCAAAUCUACAAACAAUUCUUGUCCAACAAAAUCCUCAAAGAUCCAAGACAACGUAGAUUCUUCCAGUCUCGUCACUUUAAAGACUUGCUCUCCUACUCCAAGAUCAAAAAGGGGUCCGAGACGGGUGACAUUUUCCAUGGAACAGGUUCUGAAAUCUUACCAGAAGAUUUCCAAGACAAGAAAAGAAGACGUGGUGGAAAUCAACAACAGCAACAAGAACAGGUUGAACAAAAAGAAGGGGAUGAGGAAACGACAAAAGCAUCGGGAGAGGAUACUGACAUUUUGAAACAAUUAUUUCAAAAGGAUGGAGGUAUGAGUGCCCUUAAACACGAUAAUAUUAUGAAUCAAUCAGGUCCUGAAAUGGCUCUAAUCGAAGAGGAAGCAUCGAAAAUUGCAAACAAAGCUUUGGAAGUAUUAAAGAAAUCACGUUCAAGAAUUGAACAAACCGAUAGAUUUGCUUCUCCAACUUGGACUGGUAGAUCUGGUAUUACAGGUGCUCCUUUAUCUUUAACAAAUCAAAAUAAUAAUAAUAAUAAUAAUAAUAAUAGUAAUAAUAGUACAACAACAACAACAAGUAGUAAACCAAGAUUUGGAAACAAGAGUAAAUUAUCAUCACAAUUAUUACCAACUAUUCAAGAUUCAUCAGUUGCUUAUAAUAAUAUGAGUAAUGUUACAACAACCAGUACUACUUCUACAACUAGUACUACGAAUACUUCAUCGUCAUCAUCAUCAUCAACAAAAAUGCAACAACAACAAUUAUCAUCUACCAAUAUUUUAUCCAAUUUGGAUACUGAAGAUGCAGAACAGGCAUCAGUACUAUUUGGAGGAUUGAAAGCAACUGAGAUUAUAGAAAAGAUAUUCUCAUUUUUGUUACACAGAGGUGGAUCAUCCAGCACCCAAGAAAUUAUCAAUAACUUUUCACUUACCAUUACUGCUGAUCAAGCUCCAUUGUUUAGAAGUUUGUUAAAACGAGUUGCGACCUUUGCCAAAGGUGAAAAGGUUUGGACUAUCAAUGGUGACCUUUUAAAUUAA